UUCUCAAUAUGCGUAAUUGUCCGUACUUGCGUCCUCGCGUACUCGUGAAACACAAGUAUGGUAGAGCUAAAGCGAGGAGCUCUACCGGAAGUUGCUCAAAGCUCUCGGAGCUGCUCUAAGACAAAUUGUCAUUGAUAAACUACCUGUUUUGUUUUAUUCAAAUAAUGUCAGUACAGUCAUGCUAAAGAAACAAUAAGAGCACACUAGUUUCGCUCAUAAAGUUUAUUUUCGCUCAUAGAGUUUAUUUUGGAAGUCUUGACGGGACUGAUGCGGUAAUUGUAGCGUACUUGACUGUCCCGGUUAGUCCGGUGCUCUGAACAGGGAACAUGUCGGUGCUGCUGGUGCUCGUAGCAGGAGCUGUUUCCUUCUAUGUCAUAGUUUACUACAGUGUGUUCAGAGGAGCGAAAUGUUUGAGUUCUGUAAAGCUACAGGGGAAGACCGCCAUUGUCACAGGUAGCAACACUGGCAUCGGCAAGGCCACAGCCCUGGAUCUGGCAAAGAGAGGAGCCAGGGUGAUCCUGGCCUGCCGCAGCAAGGAGAGAGCUGAGGCUGCUGCUUUUGACAUCCGCAGAGAGAGUGGGAACAGCCAAGUGGUGUUCAUGCAGCUGGAUCUGGCAAGCCUGAAAUCUGUUCGCAGUUUUGCUAAAACAUUCCUGAAGACUGAACCCAGACUGGACAUCCUCAUCAACAAUGCAGGUGUGAUGGGUCCAGGGCGUACCGAGGAAGGCUUCAGCAUGGCCUUUGGGGUAAAUCACCUGGGCCACUUCCUGCUCACCAACCUCCUCCUGGAGCGGCUGCAGCAGUGUGGUCCCAGUCGAGUGGUCACAGUGACUGGACUCCUGUACCGCUUUGGAAACAUCGACUUUCCUCUCCUGGCUUCCAAAAAGGAUUUAGUGCCAGGUCAGUUUACCUGGCACAAAUUUCAGGCCUACUGUCACAGUAAACUGUGUAACGUGCUCUUCACCAGGGAGCUGGCCAACAGGCUGCAGGGCACCAAAGUCACCUGCUACACCCUACACCCAGGAGUAAUCUACACAGACCUGUGUCGAAAUUUGAGUCUAUGGCUGCAGCUCCUUAUGAUGCCCUUUGCCAAGCUCUUCUUUCUGGAUCCUGAAGGAGGGGCCCAGACGACUCUACACUGUGCCCUGCAGGAGGGCAUCGAGCCUCUCAGUGGGCGCUACUACUCGAACUGUGUGCUCCAACAAGUGGGAGCCAAGGGACGAGAUGAUGCCUUGGCAAAGAAGCUGUGGGAAUACUUAGACACCAUCUAUGCAUGGUCUGCCCCCCCCAGUGGCAACACACACAAUGUUCCGGACAACACCACACUGUGGGACGAAGCUGGAGUACCGGUGAAAACCCACACAGGCAGAACAUGCAAACUACCCACACAAAGGUCCCAGGCCCAGGGACACGCACCGAGGAUUUUUUGUGAGGCAACAGUGCUAACCACUGAGCCACCAUGCAGCCUCUACAUUUAGAGGUUAAUGAAAUUUAAAGUGUUUCACAGGUGACUGAGAAGCUGAUAAUAAGACAAUUCACAUUAAACAAUAAAUUAUUUAUUGCAUAUGCCAAAAAAAUAGUAAAAAAUUAUUAUUAAAACCACGAAAAAACAUAUCUAAAUAACAUUGAUAAUGAAUAGUAAUUGGAAACCAAGCUGAAAAGUUAGACUGGUCCAAUGUCACAGAGCAAAAGAACUAAUAGCUGCUCACUACAAGUUUGUGUCCUAAACUUUGGAGAGUCCUGCCAGAGGACCAGACAGGCCUUUAUAUAGACAGAAUGUGUCAGAGAAGAGGGCUGGUGCAAAACCAUGAAAUGCUUCAACCCCAUAAUGUUCACCCUUUCAUUUUUCUAAACAGGUUAAAAGCUGGGAUGCAUUUUGUUCCUUAGAUAGUGAAAAUGGUGUACAGCAUGCAGUGAUUCAACAGGCUUGUUCUCCCAUAGAUAUGUCAUUAUAACAUAAUGCUACUAAAACUACUGUUCCUGUGUUGUUGUUAUGGUAUUGAUAUUUGCAUCUUAUUUCUUCUUCCAGAAUGAUUUGCAUGUUAACUGCAGGUCUGUUUAUCUGAUUCAUUUUUUAAUGGAUCCGUAUUUUGGGGGUGAGUGUUAAACGGGUUAAAGACAAUUUCAGAAUCAAAACAUUUUUUAAGGUUAGACCACAUAUUCAGUUCAAUUCAGUUUUGUUUAUAUAGCCCUAAUGUGGAUUAAGAGGUAUAUAGAUAAUUGCGCAGAGGGGGCUGGAGCACCUGCCCUUUGCUCUUUGAUGCCCAAAGUGCCCUUUUGUCAAAUUUGUUUUGUUUUUUUUAAUUAAAUUUUUUUAUUUGUAAGCGUGUGUGAAACUAUUUGUGGGCCAAUAUAAUAAAUAAAAUAAAACAAAAAUAAUAAUAAUUCAGAUCUACCCUCGGUCGGUCACAUGAUCUACAUAGACUUCCCUCAAUGCUCUGAGCUGCCCAGACAGCCUGUAGCUCAGCGCUAGCGCUGCUAGUCUACAAACCGAAAACCCGAGGGAGGACAUCAACAACUGAUGGUUCGGUGAGGAGGUUUUGCAGUGGGAUUCGAUUGUGCACGGUGUGUUCUUGCAAGAUGACUGACGACGUGAAUGUCUGCACUCUCAGAUCAAUACAGCUCACCUCCAGUGAAAUCCGCAGCAGCAGCCUCCUCACCAACACCCUCAACAGAAGCUGUUCAAUGUACCCCAUCAGGUCAAACAUAGACCACCCCCUAACAAAGAUAUGAGGGGUCAACAAUGAUAUGGUAUGUCAUGAUUCCACGUUACAUUCUUUAUGAAUAUGGGUUGCUACAGUUCAGCCAGUUAUAUUGUAGGGUAUGUUUCUGUAUGGUGUUUCAAAUGUGCUCCAUGUGCCCCCUUUUAACUUUGAGCACCUGCCCCCCAAAGGCCUGUGCACGGCCCUGUUUAAAACCCACACUAAUAAAGUUUCAGCUAAAGCAUUGGUGUAUAAAAUAGAUAAAAUGAAAGAUGGAAUAUAUUGUCAUUCACAUAUGCUGUUUUUCAAAUGUCAUUUUCACUUAUAAGGUAACAUCAACAAUAAACACGUGACCAACCGUGCAUAUAUGCCAAAGCAUAAACUCAUUAAAUCUAUUUGAAAUGGAAAUUAUUUCAUAUCAGCGCUUUAUUUUAGCCAUAGCAGUCAACAUGACUCAUCCUUAACUAGUAACUCAACUGAAAUAGAUGCAAAAUAGGCUCAAAUAAGAACAUUAAUUCAGGGGACUGAUUGUUGAUUAAUAUCCACUACUCUGAGGAGGCAUCCUAGUCUAAUGCGAUACUGCUGAACCUUUCCAUUCUUAUAUUACAUAUUUAAAUUCAUGCAACUUUUCACAUCACCAGCAAACCCUGAGUCCUGUUGGUGAAAAAGUGUUGAAAUGUUAAACGUUUGGGAAACUAGUUUGGAUCCAUAUCAGAAAAAGCAUAUAUUUGUUUUGUAUGGCCUCGUCCUCCAUCCUAACACUGGAAGAACUUCACCUCUCUUUUUUCAAUAACUAGUACAGGAUGACAUUAGGCAGCUUUACACAGCAAGAACUCGGGGCAGGUGCGAGGUGGUGCAAAUAUUUACAGGAACGGCCCCAUAAUCGUCCUUUUCAGCUUUUCCGUUUCCAUGUCAUGUUUGCUAUGUUAGCCUGUAAUGUGAAUUUCACACUGUCGACAGUGAUGUUAGAGAGGAUUGGACUGCUACUGGAUAAGGACACAGAGAGGGCUUAUUGUCCACUCUGAAUUUAAUCAGUUAGCAUUGUUUCCUGGAGGUUUAACCAUUCGGCAUAGAGUGCAGCAUUACAGCUUUUCUUCACUCAGAAGUACCUAUGUUGAAUCAGGUACUUAUUUCUCUCAAAAAUGACCCAGAAAGAGGUUCUUCAGUGGAAGUUCUUGCAGUUGAACCUACAUAAUAUUUUGGGCUGCCCUAAAAUGGCCAAGUUCCUGUAGUGGAAAAAUUACCUAUUGUCUUUUGAAAGAAAUUUAAUGUGAAAUUGUUAAGAAAGUUACACUUAUCCAAAUGCAGUUGUCUUCACAUUGCCCCAUCAUUAGCAAAAAACCCAGUUCCCCAAAAAUCUACAAUAAGUGCUGUGGCUACACAUCCUGAAGGCUCAUUAGAUACGAAAGCAGUGUUGUUUGAGGCCGAAGGUCUGUAGCUCAGGAGUGUGCAUACCUCUUGCUUGAUCUAUAGUUCAUGGAUGUUCUGUCAGUCCUGCUCCACUCUCUUGUUUGAGAAGCAACUCAUUGAUGACUUGUGUGCUGUGUUUGCUUUGGGCUGGCUCCACAGCACUGCAGUACUUAGUGACUGGAUUAGUGCAUCAGUUAGGCAGCUAUUGGAUGCACAGAGCCAUGCAGAUUGAUUCAGAUGCUGUGGGAGCUGUGUGCAGGUUCUUUGUACAGGGACAAUAAACACAUCUUGAUGAAAUCACCAUUGACUUUUGCUCAUUAUGUUUUAUUAUAGUACCAUAUAGAUGGACAUUUUCCGCAUGUUUGCUGCCAAUAUUUCAGUGGGCAGAAGGACACAAGCUUACUUGACAUACAGUAGUUAAUCUUCCAGGUUAAUAGAAUAAAUGCAUUUAUACAAGUUAUGUGAAGUAAAUUAUGAGUAUCAUGUGAAGUAGUCCUAAACUGAGUUCAACAGGUGAGUCACAUGGAAAAAAUAAGUAUUCUGAUUACACCUUUAGAUCCAUGAAACUAGCAUCAGGGAACUUCCUAAGGAGUGAAAGGUGGAACUUUGUGACAUCAGGAUCUGGUGUUUUCAUUGUUUAAGUAUGUGGUGUAAUCAUACCACCUAAAGAGUUUUCUAAAGCCCUCAUACAAAAGGCUGUGUCUGCCUAUUAGUCUAGCAGGGGAUUUAAUAGAUCUCUAAAUGAUUAAAAAUAAAUCAUUUCACUGUGAGGAAAAUUGUCUACAAAUGAUGACUGCCAAUUUGUUCAGGACUGGCCAGUACAAAAAAUGGAAGUUUAUGGAAUGACCUAGUCAAAGCCCACAUUGCAAUCCCGUUGAAAUGUUGUAGGGGGGAUUAAGAAAAGCAGUAGAUGCACAUUUUAACUGAAGGAAGUUUCCAUGGAGGAGUGGUCAAAAAUGUCAAGAUGAUGUCAGAGACUAAUGUGCAAAACUUUUUAGACCAGCUGUAUACUUACUUGUCCUAGAAGAAUAAUUUUUAUUGAAUUAAUUAGUGCAGAACUCACUCUGCACCUGGCAUUAUUUUUAUUUAUUUAUUUGUGAUUUAUCUAUUUGAUCAGGGACCAUGUAAUUUGAAAUCAUCUGAUGUAUUGCAUAUAGAGUGUAUAGCAUGAAGCUAAUUUUCAGUGAGUCAGUGGUUUUAUUAAUGUAUUGCUGUAUGUUUUGAGAAAAUAAGUAUUAACCCUCAUCUUCACCAUGCCCGUUUAGCACAGUGGAUGAGACAAUGAUCCAAAUUUUGAGGACUUUUACAAGAGUGAGGUGGAACAUCGAAUAUAGUUCCAUCUGCAUUGCAUAAAAAUGUUGUUUUUAUGAAUAAUGUUGAUAUUUUUAAGAAAAACAUGUCCCCCAGUAGUUCUGUAAUCAGAACUCAUAAAAUUAUGGGCUAUAGGUGGGAGGCACAUAAACAACAAGGCAAGUCUUGGUGAACUCAUAUACAACAUUAACCCUCCCUGUCACCUCUUUCCUCCAGACACUCCUUACUAUUUAGUGUGAGAACACACAUACAGACCUAGACACACACACACACACCUACACACACACACACACACAUCACUGCCACCACCCGUCCGGCCCUUAUCAGCAACAGCGGGGGGUGUCAAUAAAUAGAAGCAUCCUCUGGGUCUUGUUAUUUCCUCCGCCGCAAUUAACAUUCCCAUCUGCUAACCUGUGAUUAACGGUGUUUACCGAUAUGCUGCAGAGUGUUCGACUGCUUGAAUCACAAUACACACCUUCCUCUCCAUUUCCCAACCCCUCCCAUAAGCAGCUCAGGCUGUCAACACUCACUAUACAUACGUAAACUGUUCUCCUGGCACUCUGCUUUGGCUGUGCUGGUGGAAAGUUGGUAAGUUAUGAUUGUACCAUCUUAUUAUACCAUGUUACUACAGCUAUAUCAGCCCGAUACUGUGUCUUAAAAAACUAUAAUAAAAUGUUUCAUCUCUAAACUAACUGCAUUAUACUGCUAUAAUAACUAUUUUCUUCUCACAAAUUUGUCUCUCUUGCCUCUUCUCCAGUCUGUGAUGUCACCCAUGGAUUUCUGGUGCUUUGAUUUGGGGUAUUUGCUGCUAUAUACUUAGGAAAUUCAAAUUUAGACAAAGAAGGUGGAGCUCAGGAGUCCCCCAGAGAGUCAUAUUGUACACAAGAAAUCAUCAAGUAUAAGCAAUCUGCAAUGGAAUUCACUCAGCACAUUCAUGUUCCACAGAAGAACUGUGUCUGAGGGUGGCUGUCGAGAAAAUGAAGCCCGAAUUUUGCUACUUCCUGGUUGACAUCUUGGAUUUUUGGAGCCAGUGACGACAACAAGGGUGGAGCCAGAGAGCAGUGAUUGGUCAGACUGACUGAACCGAGGACUCUCUGUCCCGCCCUUGUUUACCGGAUCUGCUGUUUACUGGCACUGCGGCUAACAACGUUAACCUCCAAAAGUCGAGCUAAACUCUGCAGCCUUGGCCUGGAUCGUUGGGAACAUCUGGUCUGAUGGACUGAGAACUACAGAGAACAUGAACAUCCAGCUGUGGUUGUCUGAAGAGUCUUCUCUCCUUUAUCACAGUGAGGAAGAGUAGCACUGAUGUCCUAAUCAUUCCAGUAAUAACAAUAAUGCUGCAGAUUCAGCUCCUCUCUUCAUAGUACAACUUGUCUUGUGACUGUUCAGUUUUUACAAUUCACUGUCAGCAACAUAUUAUUUAUUUCAUCCAUUUAUUAUAUGUGUUUAAACAUCUUUACAGUUCAGAAUUGUUAAAUAAUGUAUUUUUUAAAUGUGCAGUAAAGGAAAUAAUGAACCUCCUGCACUGUAUGUGUUGAUGUUUUAAUGCAGCAUAUCUGCUAUAAAUAAUGGCAACAUGUACUCUGUAUUAUCAUUGUGCUACAACAGCAGAGAUGAAGUUGAAGGUGUUAAAUGGAACCUGUGAAUACUAGGAAAGAGAAUAAUAAACAGCUGAAAGAGUU